UUCUGGAGUUAAACGUGUAUUGUGCUGUUCUUUUGAAUGAAAUAACUGUGACAAGCUGACGUAAAUUACAUCGAACUUGUCAACCAACACCUGCUAGCUAACUGUAUGGAGUAACAGACUGGGACAGACAGACACAGGCUGUGGUUUUUGUUCUCCACAACUUCAAGUGGAUUCAGUAUGGGUCGUGGUUAUAUAGUGGAAGAUUCCGUGGAGGGCUACCUGUCCAAAAUGUGUGAAGCAGGAGCAGGUCCAGUCACAGGUGUGCUCAUCGGCCAGAGCUCUGGUCAGAGGGAUUUUGUCGUUACGGCAACUAGGACCCCCCAGAGGGAGGAGUCUGCUGGAGCAGCUGGCAGCUCAUUGGACAAGGAGUGGGUUACUGAGCAUGCCCGCCAGGUGUCCAGGAUGUUGCCUGGAGGCCUGUCAGUACUAGGAGUCUUCAUCAUCAGUGAUGCUGAUCCCAAGGACAUGCUCAUCUCACUUCGACAGCUGGUUUUUGCAGUGGAAAACCUGAUCUCUAAGGAUCGUCUGUGGGCUGCUGCGGAUGAUGACAUUACAGACCGCAUUGCACUGCAUGUCAACUCCAAAACCAGAAAAGCUGUCUGCAGAAGCCUUGACGUCAGAGACCCUAAGAGCACAGCCAAGCCUGCUGAUUGGAGGUACCAAUCGGGUGUGUGUUCCUGUUGGGCCACGGUGUCGUGUUGCCUGGAGGUGGACUUGCUGUUGGCGCUGCCAGAGAACAGAACCAGCAUAGAGAGCAUGGAGAAAUGUCUCAAGGACGGACUGAAAGCAUGGGCGCAUCAGGUUGAGGAUGGAGUUUGUCUCAUUGAUGGAAAGAAGCUGCCAGCGGACACAGAGCUCACAGCAGGCCAGAAAAGGAAUGUGAGACAGACCUUCACCGCUCAGCUGCUGCUAACUCCGGACGGGCAGAGGUUAGCAGAUGGGGCUCAGCAGUGUGGAGGCAGCGUGUCCCUUAGAGGAGCCAUCCACAGUAGAGCCUACCUACACAGCAAUAAACCCAAAGUCAAUUUGGCUGAGAAGCUGCUCAAGCGGGACGUGGUUUCUACGGUGGCUGUGAGGGUUCAGAUGCUACUGGAAGAGCUACUGACAGAGGAGGAGGGCAAGGGCAACUCCAAAGAAAAACACUGGGCAGAGCAGUUGUCUCUGCCCCGCCGUGUCCUCUGCCCGGUUAAGGGGCAUGGGCCAGUGUGUGUUUGUGACUACCAGUUCAGUGACGAGGGUCUGGCUGAGGUGACUGACAGGCUGAAGGAGAUGCUGGACCUGGAUGCAGCAGAGCAGGACUUGGACACCAGGCAGGAGCUGGCUGCUGAGCCUGCAGAUAGCAGUGGCCCAACAGAGCCCAGUGUAGAGACGGUGCAGGAGCCCAAGAGGAACACCUACACUGGUGUUGCCAUGGCUACUGCUGCUGCGCUGCUGGCCACUGCUGCCUCACUGCUCUAUCUCCAAGACGACUAACACACACACACACACACACACACAGGUAAUGUUUGUUGUUUAAUAAACUGAAACAUGUAACAGUUACAUGUGUGUGUGGCUGAUUUAGGGAGUAUUUCUGUUGCUGGAGUUAUGUACUUUUUUGUGACAAGCCACACUCACCACACUUCCUUUGGACCAAUCAGUGUGAAAGGUUAAUCAGCUCUUCCAUGCCCCAUGACCAAGCUUUCCACAAAAUCUUGUGACAUGAAUCAUUAAUGAUUCACGGUAUAUGAAUCUGUUUGGUAGUUCUGCACUUUUUCUCGAUGAGCCACACCCACUGUCAUGCCCAUUUUGGCUUGUUGUCCUGAAAAGUUCUUCCGCUCCUCUCCUCUCCUCUGCUUAUGACCAACUUUUCCAUAACUUUUAUAUGCCUUUUUAUGAUUGGCAACACCCACCACCACAGCCCUUUUUGACCAAUCAGCAUCAAAGGUCCAUCAGCUCUUUCCCUGGACUUCCCUUUCCACAUAAUUCGAAUCCCUUCCA